AUGGAAUCCGUGCGCAAAGCUAAUCAACGUCUCCGCAACUAUCCACUUCUGCUGGGCAAGUGCGCGGACAAGGCUUCGGUUUACGCCGUGUGUGUGUCGCGGGAUCUCAACGUACAGCAUAAGAUCUGCGAGGCCGAGUUCAAAGAAUUCAUUAGCUGCAUUCGUAAGAGUGCCCAGGAGAUGAAGACCAAGCUGUAGACAAUCGAAAACAAUAAACAACAAAAUGACCAAACACAAGGCCGCUGCCACUACGAAGGCUACGGGACGGCAGCCGUCUUUGGGUCGCCGCAUCCUGCAAAUGAGUUUCCGCACACAUCUUUUGAUCUCGGCGCUGCUACGCGUUGUUCUAAUAUGCUACGGACAUAUACACGAUAGUAGGUCUCCGGUUCCCUAUACAGAUAUUGACUACAAGGUGGUCACGGAUGGUGCCCGGCAGGUCUUAGCCGGCGGAAGCCCAUUUUCUAGGCACACGUACCGCUACAGUCCGAUUAUGGCGUACAUACAAACCUUGAACAUCCUCCUACAUCCUGCGUGGGGCAAACUGGUCUAUGCCACCUUCGAUCUACUCAUCGCCGUACUCAUUUACCGCCUGGUGCACAUGGAGAUCAAGAGUCAGUACCAGAAAACCGUACAACACCUGCUCAGCAAGUUCAACAGGCCCCGGGAGUCGGACCAGUCGCUGGAUGCUUUGGAUGAGAAGAGUCAUCCCGAAAACUUGGCUCGCGCCUCCGCGUGCUUUUGGCUCUACAAUCCUUUGACGGCUGUAAUAUCCACCCGGGGCAGCGGCGAUUGCUUCUCCAGUUUCUUUGUGAUCCUGACCAUCUAUCUGCUGAUGAGAUCGGAGCACAAGGAGUCUAAGAGUUUGUGGCUUAUCUUUUGCGCGGGCUUAGCCCACGGUCUGGUGAUCCACCUUCGCCUUUACCCCCUGCUGUUUAGCUUGGGAUACUACCUGGCGCUGUCCACCAGGCUGACGCGGACUCCUCUAGAUUUCUUGUGGCAAAUCUUGCGCCCCAACACGCAGCAACUGUGCCUGGUAGUUGGCACCAUUCUGAGCCUAGUGGCCUUAACCUGGACCUUUUAUUUGAUGUACGGCUGGGAGUACAUCUACGAGGCUUACCUCUACCACUUUGUGCGCAAGGACCCCCGCCACAACUUCUCUGUGCAGUUCCUGAUGCAGUACCUAGGUAGUACCGCGGAUACCUCGGUCCUUGUGAAGUUUCUUGUAAUGGCCCCACAGCUCUUGCUUGUCCUCUACUUGAGCCUGAGCUUAGGCCAGUUCCGGCAGACGCUCCCCUUCUGCAUCUUCACCGUGGCCUUUGUGAUAGUCACCUACAACUCGGUGGUGACUUCGCAAUACUUUAUCUGGUAUCUGGCUAUCCUGCCGCUGUGCCUAAACAACUUUAAGCGGCUCUCGUGGGGGAAGUGCUUUAGCCUCCUGGGCUGGUGGCUGCUCGCCCAGGCGCUGUGGCUCCUUCCAGCCUAUCUUUUGGAGUUCCGGACGUGGAACACCCUCUACUGGAUCGGAGUGCAAGGCGCCAUCUUCUUCGCCACCAAUGGCUACAUCCUGGAGCAGCUUCUGAGCCAUUAUGGGUUCACCCAAUUUAAGAUAAGCUAUAGGAAGUUAUUAUAAAGCAAUCACACAACUUCAAGUAGAUGCGAAUAGUUUUGAAUAAGAGUUUAUUGCUACAAUAAAGUAAAAUUUUAAUUGAAAGGA